AUCGAGAACUCGUGUGGAUUGGUCCGAUAUGACAGUGCAGUGAGACCCGACGGUUGUUGUUGGUUCAUCGUUUUUACACGUACACGACGAAACGCGCGACGGUUUCGUCGGGUGGAGGAGGCUUUUGGUAGCUUGAUUAUCGAGGACCCCAGGUGUGAGACCCAGAGUCUCAACCACGGCAGCAAAAUUGAGCUGGACUUGCACCAACGGGCCGCCGGCCACUUUAUGAGAGCCGGCGGCAACAUGUGCGACGGCUCCUUCACGGAGACCCUGCGCGGUAUGCAGGGCAUGUCGGGCACGUCGCCGCCCGGUGGCGCGGGUGUCGGCCCCAUGGGGGUUGGCCUCGGCAGCCCUCUCGGCCCAACCGCGAAGAAGACGCAGGUGGAGCACAUCAAGAGGCCGAUGAACGCGUUCAUGGUCUGGUCCCGGCUACAGCGACGGAAGAUCGCCCAGGAAAACCCGAAGAUGCACAACAGCGAGAUCUCCAAGAGGCUAGGUGCUGAAUGGAAGCUGCUCACGGAGGACGAGAAACGACCGUUCAUCGAUCAGGCGAAGAGGUUACGGGCACAGCACAUGAAGGAACACCCCGAUUACAAAUACAGGCCGAGAAGAAAGCCGAAAACUUUGCGGAAGGAAGGCUACCCUUACAGUAUUCCGUACCCGAGCGUGCCAUCCAUGGAUGCGAUUCGAGCUGGAAUGGCUGGCAGUAUGGGACAGGCUGGAAUGGGCUCGUAUUACGGUCCCGCGGCGGCUUAUGGGUCCCUAUCUGCGGCCAGUAUGGCCGCGGCAGCGGCUGCGGCUGCCCAGCAGUCUGCGGCGGCGAUGUCCGCGGGCCUCGCGGCACCUGCUCAGGUGGUCAGCUCGAUGGACGCGAUGAAGUACUCCAUGGAAGCGGACAAAUACCGUGCGGCGUACAUGCCGCCUAGUACCCUGGCGAUGAGCAUGUACUCGGACCCGAAGUACCUGGACUCCAGCCCGAAGUCGUACCUGGAUCGUAGCUACCUGGACUCCGCGAAGGCGUACUUCGAGCAGUCGAAGCUCUACAUGGACCAGAAACCUUCGAUAGCCGACUACAACCGGCCCAGCUACGAGCACAACAAGCUCUACGAGGAGUCCAGCCCCGGAAGCGUGGUGGGCGGCGGUGGAUCGACGAGGUCACCAGCUGCUGAGUCGCCUGAUAUGAGCAAGCAGCACGAAAGAACCGAGCAAGGUUCGUCGAGCGCCAGCUCAACGUCGACGUCUUCAGCGGCGAGCCCAGGCGCGAGUCUACCAGCUUAUUACCCGGGUCCAGUUCAGAGCAGCGGGUUGCUUGGACCGCAGAUGAGCCAGUACGGUGGCUACCAGACAGCCCCCACACCUGGGAACGAAUCGUUCCGACGACCGUUGACUGUCAUCUUCUGACCCGAUAGAACGUAGCUCUGAUCCAUCUUCGAGGAGCAGUUGCCCUAGAAUCCGGCCCCGAAGCCUGGUCCAGGGGUGUUUGGGUGUGAAGCUGUGAAAUGUGAUGACCGUUAAUUGGAAUACGAACCUGUCGGUUCGAUGACGGGUACUGGGCCCCGGACGGCGAACGACGAAGCUGCUGAUGUGGAAAGUCGGUCUUGGGAUACGGAGGCUUCGGGUAGGCUUUCCGUUAAGUUGACGCGUAAUUUUGAAGCGGGAAGAAUGGUUGGUUGGGACAUCGGUGAAAUAGUUGGGAUUCCUUUUCGAUAUGUCGGAAUACCUGGACCUGGACUUAAAACAGAGUUAAUAUUUUCUCUCGUAUGCAGGAGAACACAAUAGAGAAGAAAUAGUGAUACUGAAAGAUGUGAUAAAGAUUCAAUGAACAGUGUGACCAACAAGUGACCUAAAUUUAGGUACUCUAAGACUAGGUGCUCCAAGUAUCAAACCACAAUUAUUAUUCCAAAGUGAGAAUCGAAGUAAUGGGUGAUCAGCAGAAGAAACAUUCGAACCAGACUACAAGAAACGAAACAGCCCCGAAUCCCAGGACCUCAACGUUCAGGAGCCAAACGAAAAAAAUGGCCUGCACUCGAAGUAGCUCUCGGACCAGUGAAAGAGGACCACGUUCGCUUCUCCCCCGAAGUGACAGACCAGGGCCGCCAACGGUGCAGCAUCGUUGAAAUCGACAACGAAAUCGAAUCUCUCCGUUCUUAAUCACCCGUAGGCGCUUGGAGCCAGACGCAACGAUUAUUUAUCAGACGUAGGUUUCGUCCCCGCGGACGGAAUGGCGAUGCGAGAUAUUGUACAUAGUCCCCGUGUAAAUAGUGUAGCAAGGAUUAUUAACGCGCACGAUGCUCGAAAACGGUUUUCCUCGAGUUUCCCCUUUCAUCCAUCCUGGAGAAGCAUUUUCCAGCUCCCGAGCACCUGUCCAGGACACCAUCCUUAUGAUCCAGGACCUCCUGCUUCGAUCAUCGGUACCAUCAAGCGUAAGUCGUCGUUCCUUUCUGUCGGUAGCCUUAGGUAAUAAGAAGUGUCGUCUCGGUUCGACUCGCCAGAAUGAUGACAGCGUCUCGCGCGACCAGAUGGGAGAAAGAACGAUGUUUCUCGAGUCGUAAUCGCCUGUACAUAGAUCGCCACCCCUGAAUCGAGAAUUAUUCUAUCGCGUACCCCGACGAGUCUCUUGGUUUCCAGCAUCAGUGAUCGUCUCGAUGACACGUCUGACGCGUCUAUCCAGCCCUUAUGUCCUUAGACACGACUUUCCACUUCGGCUUAUUUAUUAUCAAGCUUUCCGUUUCUCUUUUCUUCUUGUUUUAUACGUUGAUUAUUGAGUAUCGCCGGGCUCGGAAGCCCGAACACGGGAGGGGGGAUGUUUUUGAGAGCAACCGAUGACGCUGAUUACCGUCUUUGAAUGAUUCUUGCUGAUGGCAAGAUACGGAUUACACGGCGAGGAUCAUCGAAGCGAUGUGUGUCGACGGAGAAAAAUCGUUUGUAAGAUAUUGUUUUUUUUUUUUUGCACCCUCUCUGUCCCAUCAAUUUCCGUCAUUUUCCGCGAGAUUUCGCUGCUGCCCUCAUUGUUUUCCGUGACGGAAGUACUUAGUACUUUCACCCCGGUUGAUCUUCGUUGUUUCGUUUUUAUUUUUAUUUUUCAUUUUGUGGUUAGUGUCGUUCGUUCGAACGAUCUUGUGAGAAAGAGAUAGUUAGAGCUUUUAUAGAUGUUUCACGAGAGAGAGAGAGAGAGAGAGAGUAAGUGUGUGCGUCAGGUAGAGUGAAGGACGAGUGAGAGAGAUUAUGGAAGCUUCGGCGAAAACGUUCACGCCCCGCUGUACGACGUGUAACCUUUGUAUUUGUAUCGUUACGAUAAACCUUACAACGCUGUACCGAUUAUUCGAGUAUUACAUUUAAAGCGGCAGAAGUAACCUAUAAAUAUUGUACUGUAAGUGAGAAAGCAAAAUAAACGUUAAGUAUUAUCCUUCGAAA